CCUUCCCUCCCCCUUCCUCGCUCUGAUUGGUUGAGUGCUGCCAAAUUGUCUUAAAGACACAGCAACAGCAUUUUUUUUUUUUUUUACUACAAAGCCUUCCACGCCCAUUUGUGGAACACCUCUGUCUAUCAUGGACAUCUUUCUUUUUCCUUUUUCUUUUUUCUUUUUACAGCUGAGGCGGAUGCUGUGCCAGUGAAAGUAAUAGGUUCAUCUUAGUGCUUGUCAAAAUUCAGCAGUUAGUGAUUUGACAGUGUGGUAGUAACCCGGUGUUUACUACCCAUUUGUCUUUGGGUGACCUGUCUGCAUCUGGAUACACUGACACUAACUCUUUCUAGUGAAUGGCCUCAAGGUUAGGGGCAGCAGUUUGAGUUCAUCUGAUAAAUAAUGAGUAGGGAUUUGAUUUUAGUGACAGUUUGCGUGCAACUACAUAUACCGGACACACACCCACUUCAUCUCACUUCAGCAAUGUACUCUAGGUCCAGUAUCAGCCUUGCAAAGAAGCUAGUUUUCUCUCCUUUCUGAGUGUCAACACUGUUGUGUUGAAAUAUAAGAUCAAACACAAUAUUUAUUUGAAAACUGCCCCGUUCUCUAGCCCUGGAAAGCAAGUUAGCCAUUUGAAUUACCCUAAGUCACUUUUUAUUGUUUUAUUGUUAUGCUGCCCUAUUACUACAGAACAUAUAAACUACACCUGCUGUGUACUGAAACACAGGUCACCUUUUGGCAAAGAGAUGACGGAAUAAGCGAUUUUCAAGAGAAAGGAAAAAAAAUACAUGUGGAAGUAAUACAGGGUUUGUGUGGAUUAAAAAUGGCAAACACUGAUGUAAAUAAUUGUGAUUGGUUACAAUGGCCUAAAUAUAUCCCUGUAGUGGGGUUAGCGAGUGUUAAAUCUUAUCAGGGGAAUUUGUGGAAACAUCCAUAAUUAGGCCUGAAAGGUUAAUUUCAUGUGUUCAGACACUUCAUGCACCUCUACUUCUUCUGUUCAUUGACAUCAGCUUCCAACUUGAAUAUUCAUUUUGCAAUUAAAAUACUUUUUAUUUUUAUUUUAACAAAUUGAUUUAUCUCGUAGAAUAUUCAUGCGUCUUACACAACCAACUAUGGUAUUUGUAGGGGAGAAAACACCAUGAUAUACCACAAUAGAGCAAAGGAAAUUGCCCUGUGACUCAUAUAAACAGAGACAGAGUUGUAAUUGGCUAACAUGUGGGGGGAAAAAACAUCAUUAUGCCACAUAGUCUCAUACUUUGUUUGACAUUAUUAAUGUGCUCCUCAUAUUCAGAGUCACCACAUGAUCAUCAAAUGUUUUACAUAUUAAAUGUAAGUAGGAUCUGAUCAUAAUAUUGAGGGACAUUAAAGAGGACAAAAGUGCUUCUCAUGCUGAAACACAAUUAGAUCACUGAGGCCUCUGACAUAUUCGUUAAUUAUGCCACCUUUGGUCCGCUUUUUGUCUCCAUAAAGGUCUCUGGCUGUAUCUCUCUUUCGAAUCUGUUCUUCUCUUGGGGUAGGGCCUGCAUGCGCAGUAUGCCUGUCUCCCUUGCAGAGCUCCAAACCCCUUUAUAAACCACGCCUGGGUCAACUAGAAAGUCACAGCUCUUGCAAACAGGGAGACAGAAAGCUAAGUGCUGCUCAAAGCAAAAAAUCUCCUGUCAUUUCAGCCAUUUCUAUUUUGCUUUGUUUGCUUGGGGUGCUAUGUGGAAAGCUGUGGUGCUGGCUGUGUGUCUGCUGGUGGCUGGGGUUCAGCCCAUGGAUGACCCAUCAUAUGGGGUGAAGCUGUGUGGCCGUGAGUUCAUCCGGGCAGUCAUCUUCACUUGCGGAGGCUCACGAUGGAAACGGUCACUCAGGAGUGCAGAUGUUUCAGAGGACCCAUUCAGCUCCCGUCAGGAGGAGUCCUCAGAGGGCUUGAGUCCCAACUCUGUGGUGGACAGUCUCCUCCAAAGGAACAGAGAUCUAAGCUUCACACCCAGAGACAACCAGGAGGGAGUGUUCAGAAGGCCGGCCCGUUCUUUCAUCACUGAGGAGAUCCUGGAAGCCCUUCGCAAGGCUGACCGCAAGGGCCGGGACGUGGUGGUGGGUCUGUCCAACGCCUGCUGCAAGUGGGGCUGCAGCAAGAGCGAGAUCAGCUCUCUUUGCUGAGAGUCGACCUCGGGCCUCUGAGUGAAUACAUCGGCAGACAUGCAUUGUUUACAUAAGAACACAAACAGACACACACGCACGCACGCACACACACACACACACACACACACACACACACACUUUUAAUUUUAUAUCCAGAUUCUCUCAGUUAACCCAUUAUAUGAACUGUUUGAACUGCUCUUUUAUUUUGUAGCAUCUAUGAAGUGUAUGGAAAGGGCUGCCAUGUGUUCAAAAUGUUUACAUUUCUGCAUUAUAGGCUUUGUAAUGAAAGCCUUAAUUAUUCAAUCUUGAACCAAGUUGUUUUGUCCUUCCCAAACACUAUCAUACACAUUGUAAUAAACCUUUAUUUUUUACAUUAAGCUGAAUUGUGCACCAGAGAAUUCAAGGGAAUAAAAACACUUUAAGAUCAUUUGAUAGCAACUGCAUAAAAAGUCACAAUGUUUAAUCUUGUUUGUAAAUUAUAAGUAGAUUGUUGGUAUUUUGCAUUUGUUUUGUAGCACACGCUAAAUGGGUAAAAGGUUCAGACCCAUAAUAAAAACAAAUGUGUUAAAAGAA